AUGAAAACCCCCUCCUGCCUAACUCCCAUCCUCUCCUUCCUCCACAUCCCCACCUCUCCUCCCACCUUCAAAGUCCACGCUCCUAUCUUGAUCUGGACCUGCCCCCACCCCUCCCAGCACCAAAACGCCAUCUUCCACCAUCCCACUUCCCGCCACCCCCUCGGCAAACUGCGCUGCCGCACAUGCACGCAUCCGAAAAUCUGGAACCCCAACUCCCCCCGCACGCGCGUAUCCAGCGACGAGGACAUACUCUUCUAUAAGCGCAUGCCCAACGGGGGAUACAGCGACGCUCGGCUGCACAGCUAUGCGAUUGGGACGCCGAGGGGGAGGGUGGGGUAUAUCUGCCAUUGCUGUGGGAUGACGUGGCGUACGGAGAGUAGGCGUGGGUGGUGGGGUGGGGAAGAGAAGGUUAGGGUUGUUGGGGGGAGGGUGUGGUGUCGGUGUGGGACGCGGGUGUUUCGGUGGGGGGAGUAUUCGCUCUUUGAGGUUGUCGAGAUGAAGGCGAUUAAAGAGCGUGGUCGUGAGUAG